UUUUAAUCUUUCACCCAGUCUCUCACAAGUCACUGUCGAGCUCCACAAGCUAGAGCUAGAACAGCUCAAAUCGUCACCGACUUGCUUGACCUCGACCGUUCUCUGCCACCGACACCGCAACUGCCGAAAACCGGUGAAAAAUCCGGCCUUGAGGUUAAAAAUGGAAGGUGUGGGGUCAAGAUUGGGCCGGGCCUCGGCCCGUUACGGUCCGACGCAAACGGUGUUCAACGGGCCUGUGAGGAAGUGGAAGAAGAAGUGGGUACACGUGUCAUCAGCGAGUCAGUCCAACGGCCACAGUACGACGACCACCACCAACAACGGUUCUCCUCUCCUGCUUUGUAAGUGGACUCCAAUCCCCUCGAACCCCUCCGAAAAAGGUGGAGCUCUGCCGGAAGAACCUCCGAAAAGGCGCUUCCGUUACACUCCUAUUGUGGUUAUAGAGGAUCGAAAGAAGGCUAUUGAAGAAAAGGACGACGAUGAAACUAAAGAAACUGAGACAAAUGUUUUUACAAACUGGUCAUCUUCAAAGAGGAAUGAACUCACUGUUGACAAAGCUUUGAUGAAAGAAACUCAGGAUUCCAACACAAGUCACUUGGAUCUAGGUUUGUGCUUGAAAGGUCAUGGUGAUGACCAAUGAUUCUGCCAGCCUGGAUGAAGAAGAUCAGUUGAUGAAACCAGCAUUUGAUGGCCUAUUUUAGAGCCAACAAUAUAAUCGAGAUGAAGUGAUGCUUCAUUUGUAAUUAAGUAGGCCUUAUCCUUAGAUAUAUUAUUUAGGUCAGCUUCUUUAAAUAAGUGAAACCACUUGGUCUUCUUCCUAUUUUACUGCCUGUGUAUAUUGGUUUACGUAUGCAGCUUCUAUGACACCCCUGUUGUGCAUACUAAUAGGAAUCUUGAUCUCCUUUCUCUA